UUUGGCGGCUGGCUUGACCGUGUAUUUUCAAACUGCGGCUGGCUUGACCGCAGUAUUCUGAAGUAUUCCUCGAUAGAUACUUUUCUAUCCCAGGAGGCCACGGGAGAGGAUACGUCAUAUCAGACACGGAGGAGAAAAGCGACGCGGAUGCUGUCAAAUAGCUUUGUGUUGGAGCAGGACCUGUGAGGAAAGAUGACAGUGGCAUUUGUGAAAAAAAAAAAAAAAAAGGAAAACCUGAAACAAAAAUAUAAAGUAAGAUCAUUUUGUUACUUCUAAUACAGAAAUCAGAUGACAUUGUGCUGCUAAAAUGACUGCUUUUGUAUUAUAUUUGUGCAUUAUUGUAGGAUGUGAAAUGUCCUCAGACUGGUGUGAGCACUGAGGAUGGAGAACCACAGCAGAUCCUGGGAAUGGUUCAGUGUCAUGGAUGAGACCCUCCAUCACUCCUCCUGCCCUUACUGCCUCAUCUGACCUGAUGUUGAUGUGAUUUCUUCAUCCUCAGGAUGAUCCCGUUGGAGCAACCUGGAGUAAAGUGUCUGGAUCAAGCACACACUGGUGGAGACGCUGCAGAGAUCGAAAAAGCAAACCUUCUGCUGACCAGCUCAGUGGUUUAACCCACCACACCACAAAAUCAUGCUGAUGGAGAGCACAUGGAUGUUUGGAUCAGACACAGCAGAGCCAUAUUGUCCCGCACAUCUUCUCCCACUCCUGCUUUAAGGUUGUGGGGUUCAGAGGAUCAUCAUCAUGGUCUUCCUCAUCCUCUGGAUCAACGAUGUCUCCAUUGAGAAGAGCAGCAGUGAGGAACAUGAUGAUGAAGGUGUUCAUCAGCUGCUUGAUCAGAAUAAAGCUGCAGAAUUGGCACAGCUGUGUUGAGAUGACAGCAGGACUGUAAAUACCUGAUUGUUAGAUCAAUAAAUUUGAAUAAAGCUUUGUUUUGUGUGUUGUUGACUUGUACAUGCAUUUAUUUAUUUAUUGUCAUUAUUACUUUUAUUAAUUCUUUACUUACUUUAAUUAUGCUAUUAUCAGUAAAUUUAUAUAUUGUAUUACUUCAUGCUUUCAUUGACUGUAAAUGGAGAUGUAUUCACAUCAGCUGUAUUUGUCUAGUGUGUGUUCAUGCACAGCUGUCAUAUAACAAAACAUUACAUUUUGCUUGUUUUACUAAAGAAGUAAUAUGAAAAGUAAUAUAAUUAAGUUUUGGUUUAUGGUUAAUGUUGGGGUGUGCUAGCAAAGCAGUUCAUUCUGAGGUAAUCUUAAUUUCAAGUUGAUUUUACUUACAUUUUUUUUGAGUAUAAAAUCAAGAGUCUUCUUCAAAGGCGAGAUCUUCGAGCAGCUGCUGAUGUCUUCUUUGGCUUCAGACAUUGCUAACACUGAGGAAAACUGCACUAGGUAGGGUUGUGGAGUUACUGGUGCUGUGAGGUGUUAGUGCAACUGUCACUCAUAUCUUUAUUUUACUUUAUAGAUCAGGGAAAAUACCAACAAUGAACAAUAAUAAUAAUAAUAAUAAUAAAAAAAAAAAAAACGUGUUUGUAUACAUCAUCGUUUGAAAUUAUAUACACACAUAAAGCAUGAUGACAAGGUUAAAUAUUUUGAAUACAUCAUAAUGCAUAAAAGUAUUUAUUUUAUUUAUUAUGUGUAAGCCUGAGGGAUGAAACUAGAGCCAAUUCAACAAGAAAAUGUGGAAAAAAUUUGAUUUAUGCUUGUGGAUGGACAUUUUUGCAUAUAAUAUAAAGAAAUUAAUAACAUAUUCACACGAAUUUGGAUAUUUGUAACAAAAAAUAAACUCGCAUUAUAAAAAUAUAAGAACUUUAACCCAAAAUAUAUUAGUUGUAGCCUACUACAAUUACAAAAUUACUGGCAGCUGUUUCUUCAACAAGAUCACAAAAUAAGCAGUUUAAUCAAUAUCAAGAUAUUAACAGAUAGAAGAAUUAAACCUGUCGCUCUUUUAAGUUGUUGCGCUUGUGAUAACGUCGUAGGUCACAUGAUAACGUCAACAUGGCGGAUUAUUUUCGGAUCUCGCAUACUCAACGAGAUUUGGCUGUUAAGUACCUACUAUUUUGGCGCUUGUUAAGUAAGUACUUAUUGAAAUUAAGUACCUACUCAUUGAGUAGGUACUUAUUGAAAUUAAGUACCUACUCAUUGAGUAGGCGGUUUCGGACGCAGCCUUUGUUUCAACUACGGUGGAGUUUUUCACCCGGAAGGGGUAUGUGUGACGCUCCCUGGCGAGGUGGCUGACGGGAUUUGUAGUUCUAACGCUCUAGUUUGUCAGCGUCUCAUGCUUCAGUUUAGCGGCGUCUCACGUGUGUUUGUAUUGUUGUUGUGUUUGCUCUGCUGCCUCUCUUUCUAAAGAUGUCGUCGGUGAUCGAGGAUUUCUUCGCAUUUCCUUCGGAAAUCUUGCUGGAUAGAUGUACGAAGGAAGAGCUGUUGCAGAUUGCCGAGCGCUUUGGUGUUGAGGUAACGAGUAAUGAUAAGAAGCUCAAAGAGACGCUGAUGAAAGUUGUGAGAGACGCACUUUACGAGUUGGGUGUUUUAGAGGUAAGAGCUCAAACUAUAAAUCCUGAUGUGUCUUUAACCUCUCCUCUUUAUGAUGCCGAUCAAAACGCAAAGUUUAGUGAGAUAUCUUUGCAAGAGAAACGGUUAUGUGUUGAUGCGGAAAAACUUCGUGCCGAGCGUGAUGCAUGUGCACUGAAAGAGAAGGAGUUAGAAAAGGAUUUUGAGAUUAAGAAAUUACAACAGCAAUUAGAGAUGCGUAAAAUGGAGUUACAAUUUGAAAAAGAGAGACAAGAACGAGAGUUCCAGUUAAAGAAACUUGAGUUAGAACUGAAUGCAAAAGCAGUUGAAAUUCCUGUUCAAGUUUCAUCUGAUGAAUUCGCGCACGCUGCACCUGUGUUUGACGUUUAUAAAAACAUUCGAUUAGUGCCGCUGUUUUUAGAGAAGGAAGUGGAGAAGUAUUUCCAACAUUUUGAACGCGUUGCAGAGUCGUUGAAAUGGCCAAAAGAAUUUUGGACCUUACUGUUGCAGUGUGUUUUAGUGGGGCGAGCACAAGAGGUGUAUUCAGCGCUGACUAUUGAACAAAGUGGUAAUUAUGAAAUCGUUAAGUCUGCUAUUUUGCAUGCUUAUGAAUUGGCACCUGAGGCAUACCGCCAGAAAUUUAGGAGUCAUGUUAAGUUUGAGAAGUGCACUUAUCUUGAGUUUGCUAGAGAGAAAGAGAACCUGUUUGAUCGCUGGUGUUCUUCUGUAAAAAUUACAACGAAAGAACAGCUUAGAGAGCUAAUUCUUCUAGAAGAGUUCAAAAAUUGUGUCCCAAGUGCUGUUGCUAUGUAUCUCAAUGAACACAAGGUGGCUAAAUUGUCUGAUGCUGCUCUAAUGGCAGAUGAAUUUGUCCUUACUCAUCAAGGUUCUGUUCAUCUAAAUGAGCUGACUAGGUCAAAGUUAAGCAUCUCUGUUAAAAAUAAAAGGAUGGUUGCGUGGCCGAAUGCUGUGUCAAAUUUUGCUGACAAUACUUCAGUGACACGCACAAAAGGUGAGAUGGUUUGCUUCUAUUGUAGAAAGCCAGGACAUAAAAUUUCAGACUGUGCUGUUCUCAAAAAGAAAGAUAGAACUGUUAAACCUGUUGGUUUAAUUUCUACGUCAAGUGUAAAUUAUAGUCCUAACAAGCAGAUUGGGCAGGUGAGUGUCACUGUAAAGGAGAAAGUUAAAAACAGUGACUUUGGACCAUUUCUCACUGAUGGAAGUGUUUCUUUGCCUGACUCUGAUGAAAAGGUUCCUGUGCGUAUCCUUCGUGAUACUGUCGUUUUUGCUGGAAGGACUUUUGUCUCUGUCCGAACGUACUGCCACUGGGUCUCAUGUGUUGGUUCGAGGGCUUGAAAUGGACUACAUGGAAGUUCCUCUACACCGCAUUCAUUUUAAUUCCAGACUUGUGUCAGGUGACGUGGUUGUAGGAGCUCGUGCAAUGCUUCCUAUCCCUGGUGUUACUUUUAUACUUGGCAAUGACUUAGCUGGGGGAAAUGUUUGGGAGAAGUCAGAUGGUGAUGUUCCACCUAUAGUAAUUCCUGUUGUGGAUGAAUUGAAUGGAUCUUCUGACUGUCCUAAUUUAUUCCCUGCUUGUGUAAUAACUCGAGCAAUGGCCAAGAGACAAAUGUUUGAUGAAACAGAAUGUUCUUACUGAUACUUUUCUUGAUUCUGUAAAUUCCUCUCAACCAGAACCCAGUACUGUGUACUGAAGUUGAAGAUGUGAACCCUAUGCAUGAGUUACCGUCUGAUGGUGAACAUAAGAUGAAUAUGUCUGACUCCAUGUUUGAAAGUCCAUUAAUGUGUGACGACCAUGUUAACACUUGUCCUUCAUCUUCACUUUAUAGUGUGACUCGAGAAGAAUUAAUAUCAGCACAGCAUGCAGAUGAAACUCUUCAAGAAAUGUUCUCCUUGGCUGCUGGAGGAGGAAAGGAGACUUCAUCUUUUUAUUUUUUUAAAGAUGGAUUACUUUGUAGACGACAACCUGUGAGUCUUGACACUUUCCUUGAUCCUAGGAUCCAAAUUGUAGUUCCACGUACUUUUCAUCAGGCCAUCCUACAGCUGUCACAUCAGGGCCUUGCUGGUCAUAUGGGGGUACGGAAGACGUAUGAUAGAAUUCUGAGGAAAUUCUAUUGGCCUAGAGUCAAGAGGGAUGUUAUUAACUAUAUACGGUCUUGUCACAUCUGUCAAAUGACUGGAAAGCCAAACCAAAAGGUUCCUUUAGCUCCUUUACAGCCCAUUGCAGUAGUCACCACUCCUUUUGAACACUUGAUCGUUGACUGCGUUGGUCCUUUACCACGAUCUAAGGCUGGGCAUGCUUAUUUACUUACUGUAAUGUGCCAGUCUACACGUUAUCCUGCAGCUUAUCCUUUGAGAUCGAUUACAACUAAAUCAAUUUUAAAGGCUUUAGUGAGUUUUAUGUCUGUCUUUGGCAUCCCAAAAACCAUUCAGUCUGAUCAGGGCUCAAAUUUUAUGUCCAGACAAUUUUCUAAAGCUAUGCAACAACUUAAAGUUAAACACAACAUCUCGAGUGCCUAUCAGCCUCAGAGUCAGGGAGGGCUGGAAAGAUUCCAUCAGACUCUCAAGUCACUCUUGAGAUCAUAUUGUGUUGAACUUGAUUGUGACUGGGAGGAUGGACUUUCUUGGAUGCUGUUAGCUAUUCAUGAGGUUGUUCAAGAGAGCACAGGUUUUAGCCCAAAUGAGUUAGUGUUUGGACAUACUGUCAGGGGCCCUAUUGCUGUCUUGGCAGAUGAAUGGAAAACAUCUGAUCCACCCGAGAAUGUCUUGGAUUAUGUGAGUAGUUUUCGUUACAGACUUUAUGAAGCCAGAGCUAUUGCUCUACGAAAAUUAGGUAAGUCUCAAGGAAAGAUGCAGAGGUUGUAUGAUCGUAAGGUUAAGUCCAGAAGUUUCCAAGUAGGAGAUCAAGUGCUCGCUUUGCUACCUGUUCCGAGUAGUCCAUUUCAUGCUAGGUUCACUGGACCUUAUACGAUAGCGAAGUGUUAUUCUAACAAUAACUAUCUUUUAAACACGCCUGAUCGUAGAAAGAAAGUACAGGUUUGUCAUGUUAAUUUAUUAAAAUCAUAUGUGACUCCUGUACCUUCUCUGUCUAUUGCUGCUGUGACAACUACUGAACUUCUAGAUCCGAGUGUCUCUACAGUAUCUGUAGAUGUGGUUGACGAUCCGGAGGAGACUAAAGGUCCUUCUCGGGGAGAAGUGGAAGGGCGCCUCAACAAUUCUGAGGUUCUAGCUAAUUUAGCCGGUUAUCUGUCUCAUUUGUGUGAACCAGAGAGGACAGAUAUAAUUAAGUUGGUAAGUUCAUUCCCCUCACUCUUUUCUGAUGUUCCUACCCGAACUCAUGUCAUUGAACAUGACAUUGAUGUUGGUAUGGCUCAACCUGUAAAACAACAUCCAUACCGUGUAAAUCCUCUAAAAAGGAAGUUGCUUCAGAAAGAGGUGGAUUAUUUACUUGCUCAUAAUUUAGCAGAACCUAGUUUCAGUUCUUGGAGCUCUCCCUGCAUUUUGGUGAGUAAAUCUGAUCAUUCCUAUCGUUUCUGUACUGACUACAGGAAGCUUAACUCUUUGAGAAAACCUGAUUGUUUCCCUCUUCCCAGAAUCGAUGACUGUGUAGAUCGUGUGGGCUCUGCUCAGUUUGUUAGUAAAUUCGAUCUUCUAAAAGGCUAUUGGCAGGUGCCCUUGACCUCACGUGCUAAAGAACUAUCUGCUUUUAUUACACCUGAUAGUUUUCUACAGUACACAGUUAUGCCUUUUGGAGUUCGAAAUGCUCCUGCUACUUUUCAGCGGUUAGUAAAUCGAGUGCUGUCUGGGUUGAGGGGAUGUGAAGCUUACCUGGAUGAUGUCGUUUUGUACAGUUCUUCUUGGUUAGAACAUCUCGCACAAAUUAGAGAGCUUUUUGAGCGUUUGGCUGAGGCUAACCUGACUAUAAAUCUUGCCAAAUGUGAAUUUGGCAAGGCCACCGUGACAUACUUGGGUAAGGUAGUUGGUCGGGGGUGUGUAAAACCCAUCAGCGCUAAAGUUGAAGCUAUCUGUAGUUUUCCUGUUCCAGUUACCCGUCGCGAGUUACGCCGUUUUCUUGGGAUGGUAGGUUAUUACAGAGGCUUCUGUCGGAACUUUGCGACUGUUGUUGCCCCUCUGACCGAUUUGUUAAGCCCAAAGACGUCUUUUAAAUGGUCACAACAGUGUCAGUGUGCCUUUGAAAAUGCUAAGUCUCUUCUAGCCAAUGCUCCUGUGCUGAAGUCGCCACAGUUUGAAAAACCCUUCCUCCUUGCUAUUGAUGCUAGCGCGUACGGUGCUGGUGCUGUUCUUUCGCAAGAUGUAAAUGGGAUUGAGCAUCCGGUCAGUUAUUUUUCAAAAAAGUUCAAUCAUCAUCAGAAAAUGUAUUCGACAGUGGAAAAGGAGGCUUUAGCCCUUGUUUUAGCCGUUCAACACUUCGAGGUCUAUUUGAGUUCAGUCUGCGGUCCUAUUGUGGUAUACACUGACCACAACCCAUUAACAUUUUUAGAUCGAAUGCGUGGUAAGAACCAAAGAAUUCUGAGAUGGAGUCUAAUUCUACAACCUUUUCACUUGCAGAUUAAACACAUCCGUGGCAAGGAUAACUUGAUAGCCGAUGCUCUUUCUCGUGCAUAAGAGAUUCCAGUAGUGUCGAAAAAAAAAAAAAAAAAAAAAAAAAAAAAUUCUCUCCUUUUCUCUUUUUCAAUUCUUCCCUCUAUCCUUCUUUGUUCUCUCUAUUUCUUCUCUUUGUCCUAGGGCCCAGGAUUUCGGGAGUGAAAUGGAGUGGGAGCAUGGAGAUGAGUAUUGUUGUAAUUUUAAACUUUUGUUGUUUGCAUUGCAAAAUUGUUUUUUUUUUUUUUCCCUUUUGUCGGUUCUUCAGGGAACCUUCUUUUGGAGUGGGAGGUGUGACGUCCCCAGCCUAAACCUAUUGGUGUAAUAUGCGGGGCUCCUAAUUGGUU